AUGCCUCCUAAAAAGGCUGCUAGCGGAGGCCCUAGUAAAAAGACUGACCAGAAGAAAAAGGAAAAAGUUAUUGAGGACAAAACUUUUGGCCUGAAGAAUAAAAAGGGUGCGAAACAACAAAAGUUUAUCCAGCAGGUUGAGAAGCAAGUAAAGAGUGGCGGGAUCUUUCCUGCCAAGCCCAUGGAUGACAAGAAGAAAGACAAGGAUGCAAAAUUAAAAGAGCAGAAGGAACUGGCAAUGUUAUUCAAACCUGUACAGACGCAGAAGGUUGAGAAAGGUACUGACCCCAAGUCUGUGGUGUGCGCUUUCUUUAAACAGGGCCAGUGUACCAAAGGAGAUAAGUGCAAGUUCUCUCAUGAUUUGACUAUAGAGAGGAAGGCUGAGAAGAGAUCUUUAUAUGUGGAUAUGCGAGAUGACGAUGAUAACAUGGACAACUGGGAUGAAGACAAGCUGAAAGAGGUGGUGGAGAAGAAGCAUGGGGAAGGAGAUAAACAGAGACCUACUACUGACAUUAUUUGCAGACAUUUCUUAGAAGCAGUAGAAAAAUCAAAGUAUGGAUGGUUCUGGGAGUGUCCAUCAGGAACUAAGUGUAUAUAUAGGCAUGCACUACCUGCCGGCUUCGUACUAAAGAGAGACAAGAAAAAAAUGGAAGAGAAGAAGAAUGAGAUAUCACUUGUAGACCUCAUUGAGAGGGAGAGGGCAGCACUAGGACCUAAUCAGACAAAGAUUACACUUGAAACAUUCUUGGCAUGGAAAAAGAGGAAGAUUAGUGACAAACAGGAGGCGCUCAACAAGGCAGAUGAACAGCGCCGCAGCGACUACAAGGCAGGAAGAGCGGUGGGACUUUCUGGUAGAGAGAUGUUCUCAUUCGAUCCUGCGCUGGCGGCUGAUGCUGAUGAGGAAGACGACGAGGCGGUGGACCUGGCCACGUAUGGCAAUGAAGAGCAGGAUAUGACGGAAUACAGGGAGGUGCAGUUCGAGCUUAUAGGCAUGGAAGCUUCUGAGGUGGACGAUACUGGUACGAAAGCAACAGAAGAUCGCCUUCAUCAGCUGAACAAUGGACUAGAAAACGGCACAGACAGCUCCAAAGCAGGCUCCCCCACCGCCCAGGACACGGGCGGGGACGUGCCCAUCAACGAGAACCUCUUCCUCGAUGAAGACCUUGAUGAGGAAUUAGAACAGCUAGAUCUGGAAGACUGA